UCUCUUCUCUUUCUCUCAUUCUUACUCGUUUUCCGCGCGCCCAAGUCAAUAGCGCGCUCGCGACCAGGUCGAUGGAGUGUCGGGCGUGACCUACGAGUGAGUGUCGUGAACCUUGGAGCCAGUGCGUAGGCGUUCGUGACGUCAGUUGGUGAAGCAACGGGACGUGUUUGGACGCGGACUAGGAGCCGUGCGUUGUUUUUGGCACGGUGAUUACUAUUGGCCGGUUGCAAUAUCACGGAUAGCGGUUCCAGUGAUGCGUGAACACGGUGCUGGGACCUGGGAUUAGUGAGAGUGACUGUUGGAAUUGCCGCUAAUACCAACCUGAGCAAUUGAAGCGAGCGGUCCUGUCGGAGUAGGUUAAAUGGUCCAACAACGGUGUCGAAAGUAGUACCUUUGGAGGGUUCUCGGCAAAAACAUUUCUAGACUGUGAGAAACAACCCCGAGGACUUCGCUGUUAAGGAAGACAGGUAUCGUCGGUAUAGUGAGUGCUUCAGUAAGUGACAGUGAUAAGAAUAAUACGACAGUGUCGGAUUGGAAGGACGCCUAGAAGCGCGCGUCGGGUCUGUGAAGGGCGGGCCUUACAAAGAUGUGGCGAUCCUAAUCCCGGAAGAGGACGUUGCUCGCUAGUCCAGACGAAGUGGAUUGUUCAAUCGCGAAGCGUACGAUAAUCGUACGAUGAUGCCGCUCGCGCCGACGCCAAUCGUCCCGGUGCCAUCCAAGCCGAAGAUCGGCUUUAGCAUCGACUCGAUAGUCGGUGGUGGCGGGCAGGGUCGCGAGGACCGGCUGGAUCGGCUGGAGCGCGUCGAGAUCGAGCGCGACGAUGGCAGCCCGAUGGAGGUAGUCGAGGACUCGUCGUCGCCACGGGCACGCCGAGUCGCCGCGAGAUCACCUGGUACUCAUUCCGAGGGUUCCGACAGGCCCAUCUCCCGGAGUUCCUCCGUCGAGUCUUACCCGAACUCGCGGCGGACACCGUCGCAUGCCAGUAGCGCCGGCGGCGGCCAUCAUCACCACGGCAAUCACCACGGUCACCACCACCCGCACCACCAUCAUCACCUGUCGACGGCCGCGCACCUGGACUUUGGUCGUACGACCGUGCACAGCCACAGCGGCGGCUCCACACCCAACAACAGCCCCAGUCCGCCACACAGGAUAUCGCACGGCGACUCGCCGAUCAGCUCGCACCCCCAGCCACCCCCCGGAGUGGUCAGACCCAGCCCGAACUACAUCGCGCCACCGUCUAGUAUGGCAGCAGUGGCGGCAGCCGAGCAGCUCAAAUCCCUCUACGGUUUGCCCAGCCACGGUCCAGCCGGUCCGCAGACAGGUCAAAACGAGUAUCACUCGCAGCAUUUGGCCUUGGCUGCGAAUCUGGCCGCGGCUCAGGCCAAUUUCCAAGCGGCGAAUCUCGCAGUCGCGCUCCAGGCGCACCAAGGCACCGCGCCGCACGGACCUCCUCACGGCCAUUAUCCGCACGGAGGCACUCCGGCUGGACCCCACCCACCGCCGCAUCCGCACCAGACGCCCAGAGACAGUUACCCCCUGUAUCCCUGGUUGCUGUCCAGGCACGGCAGAAUCUUCCCGCAUAGAUUCGGAGGUCCCGACAUAUCCGGAUUCCUGCUCCAGCCCUUUAGGAAACCGAAGAGAAUAAGGACGGCCUUCAGCCCGAGCCAGCUGCUGAAGCUGGAGCACGCGUUCGAGAAGAAUCACUACGUCGUAGGCGCGGAGAGGAAGCAGUUGGCGCAGGCGUUGUCGCUGACAGAGACGCAGGUGAAAGUAUGGUUCCAAAAUCGUCGGACGAAACACAAGCGCAUGCUGCAGGAGGAAGACGCGAAGACCCAACAACAAUCCGGCGGGGGUGGCGGCGGUGGCGGUGGUGGCAAUGGCGGUAGCGGCGGCAAUGGCAACGGCAACGGCAAUAUCAGCAGCAACAACAAGAACGCCCACCACGUCAGCAAGUGGCAGCAGAAAACCGAAUUCAACAGCGAGGAGGCGGAGGAAGAGGAGCACAUCGAUCCGGAAGCCGAAGAGUGCUCGAGCGGCUCUGAGGCGUAGCUAGACGUUCUUUGCCUGGAUUAGGCAAAGGAUCCAGGAUCGAGCAGAAUAUCCUACUGACUGUAGGCUGAAGCGAAGGGUCGCUCGGCGGAUCGAUUCGAAUCUUGUCCGGUCGCCGAGAAGGAGAGAAAGAGACAGAUAAAGGGAGAGAGAG